GGUCUCAGCUGCCUUCUGGCCCUGCAGCAUCUCUUGGUCCUGGUGGUGCUACUCUCUGCCUCCCACCUGCUCCUGCUGCGGAGUCUCCCCCCAGGGGGCCUCUCUUAUGCCCCUGCCCAGCUCCUGGCGUCCUGCCUCUUUUCCUGUGGCCUGACGACCACACUGCAGACGUGGGUGGGCAGCAGGCUGCCUCUCGUCCAGGCUCCCUCCUUUGAGUUCCUGGUCCCUGCGCUGGUGAUGACCAGUCAAAAGCUACCUCUGGCCAUCCGGACACCUGAAAACUCCUCCCUCGUGCUGCACCUGUGUGCCACUUCCGGCUGUCCUGGCCAGGAGCGCUGGGAUUCUUCUCUCCGAGAGGUGUCCGGGGCAGUGGUGGCGUCGGGGCUGCUGCAAGGCGCACUGGGGCUGGUGGGUGGUCCCGGCCACGUGUUUCCCCGCUGUGGGCCCCUGGUGCUGGCUCCCAGCCUCAUGGUGGCCGGGCUGGCUGUCCACAGGGAGGUGGCCCUGUUCUGCUCCAUUCACUGGGGGCUGGCCUUGCUGCUUAUCCUGCUCCUGGUGGUCUGUUCCCAGCACCUGGGCAACUGCCCUCUGCCCCGACGUCUCCAGCGGGCAGCUCCAGCCUCUCCAACUCACUCUCGAGUGCUCACCUUCAGGGUCUUCUCGGUGCUGAUGCCCGUGGCUGCUGUCUGGAUCGUCUCUGCCUGUCUGGGCCUCAGCCUCAUCCCCAGGGAGCUGUCCUCUGCCACCCCGGCACCGUGGGUCUGGCUGCCUCAUCCAGCUGCGUGGCGCUGGCCCUUGCUGACGCCCCGGGCUCUGGCUGCCGGCGUCUCCAUGGCCUUGGCGGCCUCCACCAGCUCCCUGGGCUGCUAUGGCCUCUGUGGCCGGCUGCUGCGCUGGCCUGCUCCGCCUCCCCAUGCCUGCAGUCGGGGCCUGAGUCUGGAGGGUCUGGGCAGCGCACUGGCCGGGCUGCUGGGGAGUCCCCUGGGCAUCGCAUCCAGCUUUCCCAACCUGGGCGCCGUGGGUCUCAUCCAGAGCGGGUCUCAGCGCAUGGUCUACUUGGUGGGGCUGCUGUCCAUGGGGUUCGGGCUCUCCCCGAGGCUGGCCCAGCUCCUCGCCACUGUCCCGCUGCCCGUGCUCGGUGGGGUGCUGGGCGUGACCCAGGCCGUGGUGCUGUCAGCUGGCUUCUCCAUCUUCUACCUGACUGACAUCGACUCUGGCCGGAACGUCUUCAUCGUCGGCUUCUCCAUCUUCAUGGCCCUGCUGCUGCCGCGCUGGCUCCGGGAAGCCCCCGUGGCACUGAGCACAGGCUGGAGUGCCCUGGAUGUCUUCCUGUGCUCACUGCUCACACAGCCCAUCUUCCUGGCCGGCGUCUUGGCAUUCCUCCUGGAGAAUACUGUUCCUGGCACCCAGCUGGAGCGUGGCUUAGUCCAAGAGCUGCCGUCCGCUGGAGAUGUCCAGGAGACCGGCGACAAGGCUGAAGCAGAAUAUGAGCUUCCUUUGCCCCUCCUGAACCUGUGUCCCUGCAUCCCCCAGCCUCUCCGUUGCCUCUGCCCACAACCUGAGAACUCUGGGGCGAAGGACAGCAGGUCCUCCGAGCCAGGCGAGAUGGCCAACCUGCUCUCUGGUUUGGGAGAGCCGCGUCCUGGAGCACGCAGAGAAUUUAGGUCUUAG